AAGUGAACUUUCAUUGAUUUUCUCAAUCAAUGUGUAAUUUCCUCCUGGACAUGGUCUAUGCUGUUAUUUACCAGAAAAUUAAUGAGAAUGUUGGCCGUUACAAACUCCUCCCACCUGUAAUCAGAUUACACAGGACAAGCCGAUUUGAGGAUAAAGUUGAAAUUGGAAUUGUUCAAAGCAAACAACAUGUGGUAAAAGCCUUAGAAAUGUGUAUGGAUAACUCCUGCUAGUUCCAAGACUAAUGAUAAAUGGCCGAUACAAGUACCCGAACACCUGAACUCGAUAAUAUUUAAAAGGUUCCAUUAGCAGACGCCAAAAGGUCUAAAAAUAAGUAGAACCAGAGAAUAGUUAGUUAUGUCUCGUUAUGAGUAGAAUCCGUAUAUUACCAUUGAUGUCGUCAAGGAUGAAGUUUUGGCAGCGUCUGAUUAUCUUGUGCGGGUCGGCAUUCUUCACCCUCUUCGUUUACCUAAUGGUCAGUGAAGAAUCAACGUGGGAAGAUGCACACAUCCAAAAAGCCCGUCUUGUCCAAUCGCGUCUGUGGCCAAAGAAACCUAACGAGUCGUUCGUACUUCAUAAAAAUCUUGAAAUGUGUAAUUUACAGUCCUGGGAACAGUCGCAAUCUCGGAUCUCGACAUUUGAUGUUUACCAGAAGUCAGAGUUUAAUAUGAAUUCCGAUGGAUCAUACGAAAUGGCCUCCCCUCCUCCCGAUUAUCCGAAUAAUUCCGAAAAUGAACUCGAUCAUCUUGAUGUGAUCAUAGUUCCGCACUCUCACAACGAUCCUGGUUGGUUGAAAACCGUCGAAGAAUAUUACGUGGAUCAAACGAAACAUAUUUUAACAAAUAUGGUGAAUAAAUUAUUCGAACAUCCAAAUAUGACGUUUAUUUGGACGGAAACCGUGUUUUUUAGCAUGUGGUGGAACGAGUUAGAUGACGACGUCAAAGUUCACGUCCGUCGUUUGAUUCGUCGCGGUCAGUUAGAAAUCGUGUUGGGGGGAUGGGUAAUGCCUGAUGAAGCCACAACUCAUUAUGUGUCGGUCAUUGACCAGCUUCUUGAAGGUCAUCAGUGGUUGUGGGAAAAUCUCGGAGUGAAACCAAAAAACAGUUGGUCUAUUGACCCGUUUGGAUAUUCAGGAACGAUGCCGUAUAUUUGGAAGAAAGCUGGAAUGGAAAAUAUGGUGAUUCAGAGAGUUCAUCAGGCGAUCAAAAGUACGCUGGCGGAGACGAAAAGUUUAGAGUUUUGGUGGCGACAGAUGUGGGACGCUAAAGGAUCCUCAGAUAUUCUGUGUCAUGUAAUGCCAUAUAUGUUGUACAAUAUUAAAUUUACUUGCGGACCAAACCGUUUCCAUUGUCUGUUGUUUGAUUUUAGACACAUCACCAAUGAAGUGAGCGAAUCGCGAGCGAAGUCUAUUAAUGCUAAUAAUGUUGAAAAACUGGCUACAUAUCUGUAUGAACAAUAUCGAAAGAAAUCGUACUUAUACAAAUACAAUACUGUUCUAGUUCCUUUGGGUGAUGAUUUCCGAUAUGAUAUGGAAAUCGAAUGGGAUCAGCAAUAUAAUAAUUAUCAGCGUCUCAUGGACUAUAUGAAUAACCGAAAGGACUGGAAAAUAAAUGUACGAUUCGGAACUCUGAAGGAUUAUUUUAAAGUAGCGAAUAAAAAGAAUAAAAAGAAUAUCAUAAAACAUCCAAACAAUGGUUUCCCUGUCCUUAGCGGGGACUUCUUUCCGUAUUCAGAUCAAGAGAAUGCUUAUUGGACAGGAUAUUAUACGACUCGGCCAUUUGACAAGAAGUUUAGUAGAGAUUUACAAGCAAAUCUACAAGCAGCAGACAUUUUGAAUACAUUAGCUUACACACACUUGAAGAAAUGGGAUAUGAACUACAAAGAUCAAUUCUUUCAGUUUUCUACGCUGCUGCUGAAAGCGCGACGUGCCCUGGGUCUGUUCCUACAUCAUGACGCCAUUACUGGUACUGCUAAGGAAUUUGUUGUCGUGGACUACGAACAAAAAUUAGCAGAAGCCUACAAUAACACACAGUUGGUAAUGAAAACAGCCAUUCAGAUUCUAGCAAGUAGCGGAAAAUUAAUGUCUCCAUUGGUGUUCCGACCCGAAACAAUACGACCAGCCCAUGACGAGGAACCACUGAAAAAAAUCUUUAAACUCGCUGACUCAAACGUACGUGUCAUGUUGUUCAAUCCCCUUCCACAAUAUCGACAAGAAGUGGUUCGAUUUCUGGUGGAUUCUAGUACAAUUAUCGUCAAAAAUGAAAAAUUCCAAAUCGUACCCUGUCAAGUCAACCCAAUAUGGCUAAAUCGGACCACUGUGAGUCCCUACGUCUUCGAAGUGGCAUUCGUCGUGACGUUACCCCCAUUUGGUAUCGUACCGUUUAUUUUAUUUAAAGCAGAUCAUUUAGACGUGAAUAAUGUUUUUCCAUCGCGAAUAUCUAUCUACAAUACAGAUGAACUCAGUAUUCCCAAAAACGUGAAGUUUUACAUUCAACGGCCAGAAUCAAAACCGAUUCAACCAAUCGUACUUGAGAAUGAACACAUGCGUAUUGGAUUUGAUGCGACUAAAGGAACGAUGACAAGUGUGCUAGAUAAAGAAACUGGCAAUAAAACAGACGUAGCCAUGGAUUAUUUUGCGUACAAAUCGCAAGGUAGUGGAGCGUACAUUUUCUAUCCAUCGCCCACAGAAAACACUAAAGUUAUUUAUGACAUUCCAGUGAUUAGGAAAAUAUCGGGACCCAUAUAUUCGAAAUUAGAGGUUGUGUUUAAUCACUAUUUGAAAUAUUCUGUCACAUUGUAUCACGUACCGACUCUCCAGUCACAAGGAAUACAUAUCGAAAAUCAUGUCGACAUUCGACCUUUGAAAGAUCGAGAAUUUGUCAUGCGGUUUAAGACGAGCAUCAAUAAUAGGGAUGGAUCGUAUUUCACGGAUCAAAAUGGAUUUCAGUUGAUCCGCAGAAAAACUAAUUCAAAUUUACGUAUCGAAGCGAACUAUUAUCCUAUGACUUCGAUGGCCAUGUUGGAAGAUAACACACAGCGUUUGUCAUUAUUGUCUGCCCAAUCUCACGGUGUCGCGAGUUUAGAGAAUGGGUGGCUGGAAGUGAUGUUAGAUCGUCAGUUAACAUAUGACGAUCAUCGCGGAUUAGGAGAACAUGUGGAAGACAACAAACCAGUGACUAGUAAUUUUGUGUUACUGUUGGAAAACAGACGUGGUCCUAACAAGCACCAAAAUUCGCAUUAUGCAUUACCGUCGCUAUUAAGUGUCGCGACCAACGACUUUUUACAGCAACCCGUAGUGAAGUAUUAUAGCACUAUAGAUUCCGAUAUCUUCCACAAGACUGUGUCACCGGUAUCAUUGCCGCUACCCUGUGAUAUAUCAGUCGUAACAUUUAGAAGUUUAGCCACUGCUAAUUUCAUUCAUAAUGGAACGAGUCUAAUAUUACAUCGGCGUGGUUACGACUGUGAUUUCCCUGAUGUAGGUUUACAGUGUUCUGUUGAUAAUCAGCAGAUUUCUCUUCAAACUUUGCUCAAUAAAUUUCCUAUUUCCAGUAUAAGGGAAACAACUCUAACCCAUCUUUAUGAAAAGAGGAUAAUUCAUGCUAAAACCACUAUUGAAAUUCCCCCAAUGGAAAUUGCAGCAUAUCAUAUCAACUGGUAGAAUAAAAAUACCAUUGUAGAAAAAUUAUUUUGAUUUGUUAGAAUUUAAUUAGUCAUUCUCCAAAACCCCAUCACUAUGGUGUAAACCAGUGCCAUCUACAUGUGUAGAGAAAGAAUCUAACCAACUGUGGCCAUUUUGUUACCAAAUCUUGAAAUUAAUUAAUCGCAAAACAAAUAUGAAAUAAUAAGUAUCAGUGAAAAUGAAUGGAAUGGUAGUACUGCAUAUGAUAUAGUGAGGCAGAGGCGGGAAUUUGUCAUAAUCUGUAAUUUCAUAGAACUAAGAUUAGAAAAAUAAGCCAUUUUGUUACCUGAUCACAAUUGAGACAAUAGUCGGCCCAACUCUCUCCAUAUAUGGCUUUUGUGUAGACGGGACUGUUGGAAUCAUACAGGCAAAAGGUUUGGGGCUGACUGUCUGUAUCACUGUAUUAUAUGGUACCCAGAAUUAAGACAAUAGUCGGUCCAUCUCUCUCUGUAUAUGGCUUUUAUGUAGACAGGACUGUGGGAAUCAUACAGGCGAAAUGUUUGGGGCUCACUGCCUGGUAUCACUGUAUUAUUGUACCCACAAUUAUUUUAUAUACAAGCUAAAACAAAUGUUUUGGCUUUCAGUUCACCAUACAUGUACAGUGACCAUGUGGAUACAAGCCACACCAAAUUUUUUGACUUUCACCAUCUAACAGACAAUGAUAGAUUUUGGAGAAUGGCCGUUAACAUACAUAUAUGUUAUCUAUUGAUAAUAGUCAUCGGUUCUGUAGGUAUUUUUGUAGAUCUAGAGAAACUACUUUACUUUAAAAAAAAAUAAUGUCAACAUUCCAAAUGAGCAAAAUUACAAAUAUGUGAACAGUAGUAUAUGCUGUAAAUUCUGACAUCCUAAAUACAAAUUUUAAUUUCACAUAUUUCAUUUUAGAUUACAAAUUGGGAAACAAUUUAUCAACAAAAUGUAACGUUAUGUUAUUUUAAUUUACAUUAACAUUAUCCUGGCUAUAUAAAUAUACUACUCUGAAAUCCCUCUUAAAACAUACAUGAACUAGUUUACUAGAGCUCACAUGAUGUGAUGUAGCAUUAACAAAUGUGCUCAGUAGUAGUAAUAAUUAAAUAAGAGUAUAUGGUAUUCUGAAGUAUAAUAUACUAGAACUUACCUGAAAUCCCUCUUAAUACAUACUAGAGCUCACAUGUCACAUGUAGCAUCCAUAGUAGUAAUAAUUAAAUGAGAGUAUAUGGUAUUCUGAAGUAUAAUAUACAAGAACUCACAUAAUGUCCUGUAACAUUUUAUAAAAUGUCCCUAGUAGUAGUAAUAAUUGAAUAAGAGUAUAUUUGUAUUCUGAAGUAUAAAACCUUAAUUAAUCCCAAAUAAUAUUAUGGUAUAUUGUACAUGUAAUAAACCACAAUAAUCCUUUAAGAGUCAUUAGUAACUGCUGGGUAGAUAGAACAAUAAACUAUAACACAUACAUGUACUUAUUGAAGAACGGGAGCCACAGUGGCUAAGGGAUUUUCCGGCCUGGUUUCCCCUUGUCAGUGGUGUAGGACGGAGAGCCUGACAAGGAUAGUUGUCUAGUCGUUUGGAUGAGACAAAAAAAAAACCAGGUCCUGUGUACACAUUGGUUUACACGUAAAAGAUCCCUUGGCAGUUAGAAUUCGAUAUAAAAGUAGGCUGUCCUGGCAAAAUUUCCCUCAUAGCACACUGCAUGGCAUAUGUCAAUCUUUGUUAGCCCAGUCGGAGCAGAACAGUAGGAUGUUAAACCCCAUUAAUUUCAUUUCAUUUCAUUUAUUGAAGAACAAUUACUAGUUUUAUUUUGGUGACGUUUUGAAGAAUAUUCUCUCAACAUUUUUAAGUUUGUUAAAAUGUUCUCUGUGAAAUGUCACCAAAAUGAAAUUAAUAAUUGCCGUCACUAAGUAUGUGUUAUAGUUUAUUAAAAUUACAUCAAGUCAUUUUAAUCCAGAUUAAAAUAUUUAAUAACAAAUUAAUUGAUGUAUAUAUUUAAAUAAGAGUUGUCUAUCAGAUGUAAUUAAUAUUAAUAUUGACUAUAUGUUACCAACUUAUAUAUAAAGAUUAUAAAAUUACUGUUAAAUGGAUCGUGAAUUGAAUGGGGCCGAAUUCGAUAUGUGGCAAAUUUUCACAAAUGUAUGACUGUUGACAAUUAGCUGACAUAAAAUUGAUUGUUAAUCAAGUAAUAAUUAACUCUUUCUAACUUAGCCAAAAAUAGAGUAAUGUCUGCUCAUAAAUUGUCUGUUGGACCUGAUUACCGGGCCUCAUUCUAGGCCUAGAAUAGCAAUGAGCACAAUAAACAGGACACUCAAAUCCCCAGUCAUUGGGUCAGGAGUCAUUGGGUCAGCGUGUGCUACCCAGUGACAGGAUCCAUUUAAAUAUCAGUACAUGUAGCUUCUAAUAGAAAUGGAUACAGGAAGCUGGUUACCAUAUUGACCCGUAACGAAAGAGUUAAUUAUAUACAUCAUAAUAUAUCACCUUGUUGGUUUUAAUUGUCAAAAGAUUUUUUUUAUUAAUAACCAUUUUUGUAUAUUUUGAUUUUUUAUUAUUUUGUACAUCAAGAGUGUGUGCUUUAAAUAAAUGUUUGCCUUUUGUGUAAAUGAGUAGGGUAAUGAAUUGGUAAUUUUAAGGCUUUGUUUGCGUGUUGGAGGAAAAUUGUGUCCGAGAUUCGGGGGGGAAGAUGAACUUGAUGUAAAAGGAUGCAUGGUUCUGAGCAAGGCUUCCAUUUCAGGCAUAUAUGCCAGUCUUAACUGACUGGCAGUGCAUGUGACCAGCCGAAGUAUUUAGCUGUCAGUCAAAUUACAUGCUUUAUAGCAAAUGCUUUAAUAUUUGGACAUUACAAAGAAUUAAACCAAAAACAUAAUACAUACAGUUAUAUUUAUAGUGUCUAGGUGUGAAAAACACUUACAAAUUUUGAAAUGAAGUCAUUGGAGCUGAGGCAAAAGCUUCUUUCAUGAGUUUAUCUUUUCCCCGACAUAUAUAUAUAUACUCCUACCCAAAAAUCCUAGGUAUGCAAGUUUAAUUCCUGUGAAAAUAAUUUCUUUUAUCCAUUUGUUGCAAAAUUUGUGUUUGCAUACACAGAGUUUAGAGGGAAGGAUGCUUUUAACCAGGCUUUGUAAAGCUUAGAAUAAUCUGUUUUAGAUAAUGGCGUUAAACAUCGAUCAUAAGCCAGUCAUUUCACAUAUAGAAAUGAAUUUUUAAGGAAAACUGGAUUUUUUAAAUAAAACAUAAUUUGGCAAAUAUUUUAUUUUGAAGGAGUGAGUGGUUGUGGUUUAUUUUGAUGUAAAAUUGAUGUAAAUAUUUAAAAUAAUAAAAUAUAAUCUUUCAUUCUUGUAUAAUAAGACAUUGUAAUACAAUAGUAAUCUUUUAUAUAUAUAUAUAUCAUUUAAAAAGGGUAUGGUGUGAAUAAAUUACUUUUGAUUCAAA